AUGGGUAGUUUGAUUUCUUUUGUUGGGGCUCGUUCUUGCUUAGUUGAGCAGAUUCGUGAGUGUCAGUUUAAUGAUGAGAAACUAUGUCUCAUUCAAAACAAGGUGAUGACAGGGGAAGACAAGGAGGCUUCCCUUGAUUCUAAUGGUGUCUUACGGAUUGAAGGAAGGAUUUAUGUGCCCAAGGUGGGCGAGAUGAUUAGACCGUUUCUUGAGGAGGCCCAUUGUACCCGAUAUUCCAUCCAUUCGGGUGCGGCAAAGAUGUAUCAUGACUUGAGCCAGCACUAUUGGUGGUGUGGAAUGAAGAGGGCUAUUGCAAAUUUUGUUUUGAGGUGUUUUACUUAUGGCCAGUCUGAGCGGACAAUUCAGGUGUUGGAAGACAUUCUCCGAGCUUGUGUGAUUGAUUUUGGUGCUAGAUGGGAUCGACAAUUCACCUUACCAAAGUUUGCCUAUAUCAACAAUUAUCAUUCCAAUAUUUUGAUGGCCCCUUUUGAGGCAUUGUAUAGCAGACGGUGCAAAUCUUCGAUCGGAUGGUUAGAUUCGGCUGAGAAGGAUUCAUUAGAUACAAACUUUCUUAGAGAUGCUAUGGAGAAGAAGUACAUGCUGGAUGAGUUCCAUCCACUUUUCCUUGAUUCAGUUAAGUUGGGUCCAGACUUAUCUUUUGAGGAGGAGCCUAUAUCCAUUUUGGAUAGGCAGGUUCAGAAGCUUAGGACCAAAGAGAUUGAUUCAGUAAAGGUGCAGUGGAAGCAUCAUUCAGUCGAUGAGGUUACUUGCUAG